AUGGCCUCUUACAAUCGAGUUCUGGAGAUCUUUGGCAGAGAUCAUGCCCCUAGUAUGCAGUGCAAUCAGUAUGUUGCUCGUUUACAACGAUACAGAAAGACCGCUGAGAGUUCUGGCAGUGACAUCCACCCAUGGGAGAUCUUGAUCAACGGGGAGCGCUGGCCUGGCAAAGUUCGGCUCAUCGGAUUUGUCGAUGCCUUCUUUUUGAUGGCUUACUCUUCUAAAGAACGGUUUGAGCAUGGAAUCAUUGUCUAUAUACCUGAAAAGUACUUUAGCUUCAAGAAAGACGCCAUCCACUACACAGUGACGAGUCUCGGGCACGAGGUCGGCCUCAAGACCGAAUAUCCGAAAUCAAGCCUACAGAGAUACGAGGUCAAAAUCCGUAAGAACAGCGAUGUUCUCAAGAACAGGCACAUCAAACGAGGCGUGAACCAGCAUGGCCUUGCCGACAUGAUGUACGAUGCGAUUAAACUUGGUUUUAUCACCCACGCCCAAUUGGUGGUGCUCUCGACCAAACUUCUUGCGAGUACGGGCGCCGGCGACAUCAUGAAUAGCUAUUGGAACAUUAUCAAUGCUCCUGGUGAUGCUGCCGUGCUAUCGAACGAAAGGACAUGA